AUGAAUUCUGCCUAUCACCCGCCCGACAUGUCUCAGCGAAUCCCUGGCCCUGCCUAUUCUUCCAGCGCACCACCACCACCAAUUCAUGCCUACCAACAACACCAGCAUCCUCCUCCGCCUCUGCCGCCCCCGGGUCAACAUCACCACUCGUCUCAUCCUCCUCUGCCUCCUCCGCCGUCAGCUCCACAUCCUCACCACCAACAUCCACCGCCGCCGCCACCCUCCCACUCGCUAUCUUCGCAUCAACACCAUGGCCAACCACCCCAUCACCAGCCUCAACUCCCGCCAUAUGCCCCAGCUCCAUAUCAACAGCCUCAGCCAAGUCAAUACCCUCGGCCCCAUCCGCACCAGCAACACGUCCCUCCUCCUUCGCAACAUGAUGAACCUCCUCCCCCGCCUUCCUCGGGACCAUCCCCUACCGACUAUCAGAAAGAUUCCGAAUACGUCCCCCCAUCCUACUCCAAGAUUGAAGAAGGAUCAGGCUGGAAGUACAGUCUUGAUGUGAAGCAACAACCCGUACGUGCGCGCAUGUGUGGAUUUGGCGAUAAGGAUCGUCGCCCAAUCACGCCGCCGCCCUGUGUACGUCUUGUCAUAAUCAAUACCGAGACGGGUAAAGAGGUUGACUACAAUACCCUAGACCACGCCAUGUUUGUGUUGUCGGUCGAUCUGUGGAAUCAUGACGGUACCAAAGAAGUCAAUCUGGUGCGAACCAGGGACCCCUUCGUACCAGCAACAGUCGUUGCCCCCGAGUCGCGAGUCUGGAUAUGGGCAAUCGCAAGGGAUGAACUAUGGGCAGGAUUAUCCCCCACCGGUGCAGCAGAGCUAUGGUCAAGGUUGGUCGAAACAGGAGGAAUAACAAGCGAGAACAAAUCCGUGUCUGACGCAGGAGUAGCACCGUCGUACCCGCCGAGCAGUUCCUACGGUCCGCCCCAACAAUAUUACCCGCGACAUAGCGGUUACAGUGCCGAACCUUCCGCUCCCCCGCCAGGUGCCCCUUUCCGCAAUGGAUAUGGACAGGAUCAAAAUUCGCUUACUAGGAUGGCAGUGGUUGGAGGUCAGCCCCAAGGCAUGUUUACGAGAAACUUGAUUGGCAGUUUGGCCGCAAGCGCAUUCCGUCUCGAGGACACUGAAGGGCAAUCAGGUAUCUGGUUUGUCCUCCAAGACCUCAGCGUCCGUACAGAAGGGACCUUUCGAUUAAGGUUCUCUUUCGUCAAUGUUGGACGCCCCGGAGGGCAGGGAACCAACGUAAACCAAGGCCGAGCGCCAAUCCUGUCGUCGUGUUACAGCGAGAGUUUCCACGUGUACUCGGCCAAGAAGUUCCCCGGCGUGUGUGAAAGUACACCAUUGAGCAAGAAAUUCGCAAACCAAGGCAUCAAAAUCCCGAUCCGUAAGGACGCCAACAUCAAGGGCGAAGGUGAUGAAGAGAUGUACGAUCAGAACUGA